GCUGGGAAGUGUGGAAGGCGCUGGGAAGAUGGAGGAAGAGCUGGAGGAGGGGGGAGAUGGGAAGAAAGAGGUGCGAACUCAACCGCUUCCCCGCGAUGAUGUCAUGGCAACAAGCUACAGCCCCUCCUAGGUGCCUUCUUUCCAAACCGUACGUCCGGACUGGAUCCAGCAAACCUCCUGGAGCAAGACGCCGUGUUCCCUUCCCUGGGGAAGCCAUCUGCUCCCCUCCGCCCGACUCCUUCUGCAGGGCUUCGAGCUCGCCAGCCGGCUUGGAAAGCUCUCCUCCUCCUCCUCCUCCUCCUCCUCCCCUUCGCCCCGGCUCCCAUCGGCCAUCUUGUUAGCGCAAGACACGGGGAAGGGAACGCGGGGCUGGCUGAAUCUGGGGCGGCUGAUGGUGUCAGCCGGAGGCGGUUUCCAGGCAACUGUCGCGCCGUGGGACACGACGAGCCGAGAACACCGGGAACACCGCGUUCUCGCCGCACCGGCUGGGAGGGGGGCCGAGCCCGACACGGACGGAGCCGGCAUGGGACGGUGCGGAGAGGGCAGCGCGAGCAAGAGGGUAGCGCAGGGAUGGCAGCAGAAGAGGGAGGGGGUCUCCAGCGUACCCCCUCCUGCUCGCCGCUCGUCGUACCCUCCCUGGCUUGGAGCGAGGAUGUCCAAGCUGGCUGCUGGUACAUCAUGCAGUGAGGAAGGACUGUGUGAUGUACGGGAUUUCACGUGCCCUCUUCGUCCUUUGGGAAAUCGAAAAGAGGAAAAACAUCGCUCUGGGCUCUGUACCCAAGCCCCCAGGCUUGUUGCGGGUGAUCCCGUGCUUCUCCGUCCCUUAACAAAUCCAAAGCUCCCUCCCUACGAGUCACCAACACAGCUCCGUGUCCCUGGGUGUCACUGGAAAAGUGAAUUUCUUGUAAAAAUGGGCUGCCCUUCCCUUCCGCAAGCUGCCAGUCCUCCCCAGCGCUCGAUGCGUCCCGCUGCCCCUCUCUCCUGAUGCCAGAGGCAGCGUCCCCGCUCCUGCCCGCCUGCCUCCCCUGCCUGCUUCAGAGGCCCUGGGAGCAUCCCUGCCCGUGAACCUCACCUGCCUGGCAGCCCUUCCUUAACACUGCCAGCCCAGCUUUUCCCUUCCCAGCGAUGCUGAUACCCGCAUCCCCUGCAUUUUACCUAAUUUGAGUGGUUUUUGAAAGGGGGGUUGAGUACAAGUGAUUUUGAAUAGGUUGGGGAGGGUGAUAAAACUGCUGUGGCUGAGCAGCAGGAGAAAAACUCUCCUGGAUUACAAGUGUGUGGAUAUGAUGGACACGGGGAAUGGGGGUGCGUAGUGCUGGGCAGGGUGGGUGCUGCAGAAGGGCAGAACCGCUUUAAUGCCCUGUAUACCAAGAAAUGUUCUGCAGCCCCGCGCGGGUGAUGGCACGGAGGGACGGGACUGUGCAGGGGGUUAUCUGCAGCCAUCGCUGUCCCCGAGCCAGCCUUGCGGCUAUUGAUUUGGAACUUGCCCCGUUCACGCUAACCUUGGCGGUACCAACUCACCCCUUAUCAGCGCUGAUAAACCCCGCCGAAACCUCCCGCCCCGUCCCGCUGCCGGCCCGGCGGCAUCACCCCGCGAGGUGCCGCGGUGACAGAUCUUUCCUACGACUCUGCCCUCGCACCGGUUGCUCUUUUUCUGCGAUGCUCUAAAUCCGGGACGCCUCGCUCCUAUUUUUGCAUAGAGGCUGCGGUCGCACGGACUCUCUUUUAGCCCCGGGUGGGUGCCCACCCCUUGCUGAGCAUCUCGGGUGAGGAAGGAUGCGGCGCCGGCUGCAAACGCUUUUCCAAAGGAAAUUUAAAGUCAGCCUCCUCUUCCUCGUGCUCUUGGCCCUCCUGGUACACCUGGCGAUGGAUUUGGCUCUCCCCGCAGCCCGCGGGCCCUGCGGCUGCGAUGCAAAAGCACCGAAAGCCUCGGGCGUCCCUUCAGGCAACCCCGUGCUGGCUGGCCCCAAAAAGCUGAGCCUGCGAAUCCUUCAGGAUUUCAGCGGCAGCAAUGGCUCCUUGGAGAAAGGCUCCCAGCUGCAAGGAGCGAGGCCGCAAGCAAGGGAUGGAAAGCCGGGGGACCGGCACCAGCGCGGAGAGGGGAAUGCGGGGCGGACCGAGGGAUCAAAGCUGGCAGCGCUCUUCGAGCAUCCUCUUUACAACAUCCCCAUGCCGGAGGUGACAGAGAAGGACAAGCUGUUUGUCGUCAACCCCAUGGAGAAAUUCAGCCUGCGCAGCAGCGGCAGUGACGAAUGGGUCAGCAGCAGUAAAGCCGAGACGCUCCUCCCGACAGGGAAGACGGCCUACGACACCUACCCUACCUGGCUCAAAUUCCACGUCGGCAUCAACCGCUACGAGCUGUACCCCCGCCGGGACCCCCUGAUGCCCACCCUCCUCCGGGACUUGGCCACGCAGAGGAUCGUCAGCUCGGUCCAGAAGUCCGGCGGGACCCAGCUCAAGCUCAUCAUGACGUUCCCGAAUUACGGGCAGGCCCUCUUCAAGCCCAUGAAGCAGACCCGGGACCAGGAGACCCCCGUUGACUUCUUCUACUUCUCGGACUUUGAGCGGCACAACGCGGAGAUCGCAGCCUUCCACCUGGACAGGAUCCUGGAUUUCCGGCGAAUCCCCCCAGUUUCUGGCCGUUUGGUCAAUAUAACGAAGGAGAUUCGUGACAUCACCACCGACAAGAAACUGGCCAAGACUUUCUUCAUCUCCCCAGCGGGCAACGUCUGCUUCUACGGGGAGUGCUCCUACUACUGCUCCACCGAGCACGCCCUCUGCGGCAAGCCGGACCGGCUGGAGGGCUCCGUGGCCGCCCUGCUGCCCGACAAGACUUUGGCCAAGCGCCGUUCCUGGCGCAGCCCUUGGCGUCGCUCCUACCACAAGAGCAAGAAGGCUGAGUGGGAGCUGAACCCCAACUACUGCGCUCAGGUGCGAGACACGCCGCCCUACGACAGGGGCCAUCGCCUCCUCGACCUCAUCGACAUGACGGUCCUCGAUUUCCUCAUGGGCAACAUGGACCGGCACCACUACGAGACCUUCGAGAAAUUUGGGAACGACACUUUCCUGCUCCACCUGGACAACGGCCGCAGCUUCGGCACGCACUCACGCGACGAACCGUCCAUCCUGGCCCCGCUCCGGCAAUGCUGCAGCAUCAAGAAGUCGACCUACCUGCGGCUACAGCUGCUGGCCACCCAACCCUACCGCCUGAGCGACCUGCUGCGGGAGGCACUGGCCACCGACCCCCUGGCACCCAUCCUGACCGAGCCCCACCUGCGGGCGCUGGACCGUCGCCUGGCGAAGGUGCUGGCGACGGUGGGACGCUGCCUGGCCGGGGCGGCUCGCCGGGAUGAGGUGGUGGUGGAUGAUGUGGGGUCAUGGGUGUGAUAUGGGGCGGGCGGGGGGGGGGGCUCGGUACCCCGCCGGGCUGGGGUGUUUUGGCACGCUGCCGAGGGCGAUACGGGGACCGGCGUGCAGUUCGGACUCUGCGGAGCGUCGGCUUUCGGCGGCGCGAUGGACUGGGAAAGCGGGAUGUAAGGAUAGCCGGGACUGGGGAGGGUAUUUAAAUAAAAUGUUGGGCUAGUGGAGAACACGCAGGCUGAGAUCUCCCCCACCAGCGCGGUUUUCCCAGCCCUGGCCUGUCCUUGCGUGCCCGGACGCGUCGCUUCAGCCCUCCAAAGCCUUUUAGGAAAGGGUAGGGAUUUUUCCUGCCUUUCCCCGGCAAGGCCUGC